GUUUUCAACACCCUACAACUUUCCGAACUGGACGGGGAUUUUUAUUCUCAAUUAUUUUGGAUGCGGCAUUUACAAACGAAAUAUUCUAUGAAGUAGAACAGCCGAUUGCGGAUCGUUCAGACAUCGCGGAGGAUUUUUAUUUGCCAAAUAUCAUCAUUAUUUUAAAAAAACAAUAGACCAUAAACGUUUUAAAAAAAUCAUUAAAAAAAAAUGAAUACAUAAGCUGUACCAUCAUUUAGUUUAAAAGCAAUAGAACGGAUAAAACUUAAUCUAUAAUUUCUUAAAAUCUGUUAUCAAUUUAAAAUAAAAAAAACUGUAGACCUGAAAAAAAAAACAUAACAACUACAAUAAUUGAUUUCAUUAAAAUAAUCAACUGACCAACGAAAAAAACAUUGGAUUUAUAAAAAUUAUGUUUACGUCUAAAUAUUAAAAUUGAAAUGAAAAGUACAAACCAGUAUUAAAGAUUGCGAAAUAACGAAAAAAAAACAAUCACAUUUUGUUUAAAAUCAACAUAAAACUUCAUCACAUUGGAAACAAAUAUUACUUUAACAUUAUUGGAUGAACAUAUCUCUUAGUUAAUCGCUAAGUAUAUCAAAAUAGUCUACUAAUGAAACAAAUAUAUUGAAAAAAGAUACAUUUAGAUACAAACUUUAGAAGUAACUUAGAAUACAUAAAUUAUUUUACAGAUAGUUUUUACAUUGCGUCAAAAUAAGUUCUUCAAAUAAUUACAUAAGAGACACUGACACCGGAACAGACAGUUUUGAGUACCACAUACCUUACAGCUAGCACCAAUACAAGUUCUAAGCUUCAUUCAUGGGUUACGUAAACUUCAUUUGAUUCUAAAUCAAAUGUUUUGAUUAAUUUAUUUUUGAAACUGUAGUUGGAUUAAUAGGGUUGAGUCAAAUUUUUAAAUGUAAUUAGAACGAUACAGUUUUGGAAUAAAAUAAAAAAACCUAAUAUAAUAAAUCGAUUUUAUACCAAAAAAUUAUUUAAGAGAUAUAAUGGUAAGGGGUCUCCAAUGAAAAUAUAUUUAUAUAUAUAAAAUAAAAAAAUUAAACUACAGCCAUAAUAUAACAUAUUACAAAAAAAUGUGAAUAUUAAAUAAAAAUUAUACUUUUUAUAAAUUAUAAAUAAAACAAAAAAUUUGGAAAAUCACAUUUUUAAUGUGGUUAAAAAAUUAGCCAAAAUAAAAAAAAAGGCAAUAGUUGCGUGAUAAAUUUGGUCGUACAUAUAAAUAUUUUUACCGGGUAACACAUUGUGAUCUAAAAUUUACGAGUGUUAAAAAAAAUGCGAAGUAUAAAAUCAAAAAAGGAAAAAUCCAAAUUUUCAUUCAAAUUGACAAGUCUGACAUUUUGACUAAGUUAAAAAAAAAAUAGGCCAAAAAUGAAAAUAUGUCGCGAGACUGAAACGUGUGCCUUAUUCCGGCCUUAUGUUUAGAUAACUUUCAAUAACACUUGUACUAUAUUGUGUAAUUAUAAGAUAUUGUGCAAAUCAAAGAAACCAAUAUUCUCAAUGCCGCCAAUUUUAGUGGUAACACAUCUAACCAAACCAUCGAUCCGCAUCUAAACUGGUAGUGACAUGAAAUGAAGUCAAGAUGCUUUUUUCAUACCACAAAUUACUUCAACGAGAAACGCAAAAUUGUGUCAAAGACUGAAGAAAUUACAAGGUUUUUGUGCAAGUUCUGUCAAAAACCAAGGCAAUUCAGUUGGAAGAUAGAUAUAUUACGACUCCCAAUCAGCCUAGUUAAGGUUUCUAAAAUGGAUGCAGCGGACUUUUGGCAACAGGCUCGUACACCUUUCGGAAUUCAAACUGCGCUUCAACAGUAUAAUUUACCGUCGAAUCAGCCGCAUAUUCUACAAAAACUUUCGGAUGUACAUGCAGAAGACAAGGAUAUGCCUUCUGGAUCAUCGGUUGGCAGUACCAACGCAACGAAUCCGCCACCACUUCCUAUAAUAAAUCAUGAAUCUAACUGCACAUCAGGACAGAUACUUCAAAAACAUGUUGAUUCACAGACAUUAAACAGCGAGUCGUUAAGAGGAUCGCAACAACCGUCCGAACAUACAUCGGCGCAGCUGAGCAAUCAUCAAUUACUGUUUAAUGCUGCGGCAGCUGCUGCUGCUGCAGUGCACCUUAAGUCUACAUCUAUUCAAAAAAAUCUGACCACACUUGGAGACCAAACGAUACCUGUACUACCCAACACACCAAGAAGCACUUUAGGCGUGAUCAAGUCUAAGCAGGAUUUGGACUUGAAGUCCACUACCCAUCACUCACUUGACGGUAGUCGCCAGCAAAAUACUCAGAGUCAGUUGCAGCCGGCAUAUGGAGCAGACUUCUUCAACAUUGGUUGUGGAGCUGCCUCCGAUGCAACGGAAGACGUUCCUAUUACCAUGGGUGGUGCUACCACCAAGUCCCAAUCAAAUCACCGAGCUCAAAUAGAAUCGAUGGGAGGCAUGCAACCGCCAAAUUGCCAGCCUCUAAGUCCUAUACAAGGAAGAGUGUCGGAACUGGUAACAAAUUCCGGGAUAGGAAUUGGGGGCCUAAACAAAACAUUGUCACAAGGCCAAUCACCUCAGCAUUCAGUUUCAACGUCUGGCAGCAGCUCAACGCCCGAGAUUAAGUACAAUAAUGAAAAAAUGACUAACGAAAUUCAGCUUCAGCUAUCCCGGUCAAGCAGCGCAGCCGCGAUCAGCGAACGCACCCUUGAAGAAUGUUGGUCAACCCUGCAACGAGUGAGUUGGCAUCUGUUCCGUUGUCUUUUUAUGCACAAAAGCGCCAUGCAGCAAAUUCAGCAGCAGAUUCCCCGCGUUGGCCUAGGGACCCAAAGCGUUACUGUAGCGGCUAACUUAGUUGGUAGUAAUGUAACGCCAGGCACAGACACUAAACCACACCAGUGUCAGCAAUGCAUGAAGAGUUUUUCGAGCAAUCACCAGCUCGUUCAGCACAUUCGGGUUCAUACUGGUGAGAAACCAUAUAAGUGCUCCUAUUGUGAUCGUAGAUUUAAGCAACUGUCACAUGUUCAACAGCACACGCGCUUGCAUACAGGGGAACGUCCUUAUAAGUGCCACUUGCCAGACUGCGGUCGAGCCUUUAUACAGCUCUCCAAUUUGCAACAGCACCUCCGAAACCACGACGCUCAGGUCGAACGGGCCAAAAAUCGACCCUUUCACUGCAACAUCUGUGGAAAAGGUUUUGCCACCGAAUCUAGUCUGCGCACCCAUACAUCUAAAGAGCUACAGUUGCAUCUUGGUGUCUUGCAGCAGCACGCAGCUCUUAUUGGUGGUCCAAAUGCUACAUCAUGUCCAGUGUGCCACAAGCUCUUCCUUGGUACUGACGCCCUUGUGGACCACAUGAAACAGGUUCAUAAGGAAAAAAGUCCAGCGUCGGGUGUAUCAGCUUUAUCUCAAUUUAGUGAAAUAAAUCAGGGAGAAACGGAAAAAGGAAAUUUACAUACUGGAACAGACACUAUUUCCCAGUGUGCACCUGAUUCAAAUUGUACCCAAGUAAGCCAUCCUGCUACCACCAAUAUCCCUAAUUUGAUAGACAGCUACAUUGGAAAACGAAGAACCGCCAAUCAUCCUUGUCCAGUGUGUGGAAAACAUUACGUUAAUGAGGGCUCCCUAAGAAAGCAUCUAGCCUGCCAUGCUGAGACCUCACAGCUUACAAACAGUUUGCGCAUGUGGCCCUGUAGCGUUUGUCAAGCUGUCUUCACUCAUGAAAACGGUCUGCUUACUCACAUGGAGUCAAUGCGUAUGGAUCCCAAACAUCAAUUUGCUGCUCAGUAUGUUUUGUCUCGGGCAGCAGCCGAACAGCGAGAGCGUGAAUCCAUCCUAGCAGUAACAUUAGCGGCAAGUAGUGGCGGCUCUUGUGGAAGAAUUGGAGUGGGAGAUACCGCAAAUCUUCUAUCUAUGGGUCGCAACUCGGAAGGAUCCAACUCAAAGUGUCCUUCUCCAUUGGCGAAUUCUGAAUGUUCCUCUAAUGGACGGUUAUCAUCAUCAACGGCUUCCGAUCAAGAUAUUGAGCAUGGACUCAGCGAAAAUGAGAAUAGUAACCAGAACAACAUAAGUAGCACAAACAAUAACAAUAGUUGCAACAACAAUAAUAAUUGCAGUUCUGGAAAAACGACAGAGUUUCGGUUACCUACUUGCAGCCAAUACAAUAUAGAAACAGAUCUGCACGUAGCAAACCAAAUGUCCCUAAUGGCAGCAGCUGCAGCAGCAGUAGCUGCAUCACGACCGCAGGACGGAGCUGACGCGACAGCAGUUCCCAAUGCGGCAGUCCAAGCAGCUGUGGUUAAUCUCGCUGCUGCUAUGCGUAUGAACAAUCCCAGCAACGGCUCCACCGGUUACCAGCAACAACAAAGUGAUCACACUCCAACACAUCCACAUUCGCAUUUGCACCCGCAACACCAUCAGCAGCCACAAGGCACGUCAAAUCAACAGCCUCAAUUGUCACAUUUUCUAGGACAUUCACAUCCAACCAACUCCAACUCUCUCCCUCAACGUUCACCGCCAAUAAACGUGCCAAGUUUGCACAUGCAUAAUGAAUCAACAUCUGCUGCGACAGUUGCCAUGAACAUGAACGUGCACAUGAUGCGCGCCUCUGUCGACUCAGACUCCGCACUGGCUGGGAUGCAUUCUAUAGAUUCUCUUCAUCAGCAGCACCAACAUCAACAUCACCAAGUAUCUAAUUAUUCACAACAUGCAGGGACUCCCACAUCUCAGCUUACGCAUCCUCAUUUGCACCCUAGCUCUCACCAACAAGACCCGGACGCGGCCCUUCGGUUACAUCAUGCAGAAGCGAUUUUGCGUUCCCACACGGAGGUAGCCUUCAGGUUGGCCUCUGGAGCGGGAGUAAAAAGCGAGUUGGAUCUACAGACUGUCAAUGCUAAUGAACUUGCAAACUCCAGUAUUAAUAGAAACGAACAGCAUCGCUUCUCAUCACAUCAGCAGGAACACCAAGUUCCUUCGAACUCCUGAGCCACAUAUAUCAAAUCCGCUACUGCGGAGGUGGCUACGAAAUAAAAAAAAUUAAGUACAACGAUGUCAUAAUUGCAUUAACUGCAGUUAAAAAAAUAGCAUUAAUUUAAUACAUUUGAAUGCGUAAACAAAAAUUAUAUUUAUUUACGAGAAAUGAUUGAUAUAAUUCAUAUUAUGUUUGUAUGUAAGUUUAUACCGCAACACCGAAAUCAGUAAACUAUAACCUAUUCAUUGUGCAAUAUAAAA